GUUGCAGAGAGUUUUGUGGAGCAAAGAGCAGAUGCAAGCCCUCACGGGAAAAUGUGAGAUAACUGAGUUGUAAAAGGCACCUGGAGGCACUGCGGUGUCAGCACAGAGGCAGACAAAGCAGUAUGGCUGGAGUUCGCUUCCACUCUGCUCUGGUGACUGGGGCCAACCGGGGAAUCGGCCUCGGGCUGGUCCGGCACCUGCUGGCAUUGUCAAACCCACCUGAGUGGGUCUUUGCAACAUGUCGCGACCCCAAGGGACAGCGAGCGCAGGAGCUGCAGAAAUUGGCCUCCAAGCACCCCAACGUGGUCCCUGUCCCGCUCGAAGUCACCGAUCCCGCCAGCAUCAAGGCGGCCGCAGCCAGCGUCGGGGAGCGCCUCAAGGGCUCGGGGCUGAACCUCCUCAUCAACAACGCUGGGAUCCUAAGGCCAAACAAGCUUGACAAUGAAACACUGAAGGACAUGGCCGAGGUGUACACCACCAACACCAUCGCACCUCUGCUGGUCAGCCAGGCGUUCCUGCCCCUGCUGAAGAAGGCAGCCCAGGGCAGCACGGGCUCGGGGAUGAGCUGCAGCAAGGCAGCCAUUGUCAACAUGUCCAGCAUUGGGGGAUCCAUUUCUUCUGUCGGUGGUUGGGAUAUAUUGGAAGUUGCCUCAUACCGCUGCAGCAAGGCUGCUCUCAACAUGCUCACCAGGUGCCAGUCCAUGGGGUACCGCGAACACGGCAUCUUCUGUGUCGCUUUCCAUCCUGGCUGGGUGCAGACAGACAUGGGGAGCGCAGGAGGACACACGCCCCCCGUGACGGUGGACGCGAGCGCAGCAGGGAUGCUGAAGGUGCUCUCCAAGCUCUCCGAGAAGGACAGCGGGUCCUUCCUGGACUGGGAAGGGAACGUUGUGCCCUGGUGAGGUGCUGGCCCGGCCUCGUGCCUGGAUCCUGGCAGUGGCCCCUCUGCCCUCCCUCCCAGGGAGGUGGUGGAGUCUCCUUCUCUGGAGAUGUUCAAGACCUGCCUGGAUGCCUACCUGUGCGACCUACUGUAGGGAACCUGCUUUGGCAGGGGGGUUGGACUCGAUGAUCUCUGGAGGUCCCUUUCCAACCCCUACAAUUCUGUGAUUCUGUGAUUCUGUGAUUCUGUGCUGCUGCCCGACCUCUGCUAAGUCUUCAAUAAACCCAUAUCUGACAACA